AUGGGAGGAGUUGAUCUGCCCACAAGUGAUAUAGGAGGAGCUGAUCUGCUCACCACCAAGCUUCACACCUUUCCAGCAGCUUCACUAUUAAUGAUGGGCUUCCCUGAACCACAUAUUUUAGGUGGCCCCAGCUACCUCCCUUUAACCAUUCACCGAAUGUCACAGAAUUAUGAAGGAGAACGGACACCUGGAAGUCACACCUCCAUCAGCUUCCUUCAGGUGAGUCUCCUGAGGGCCUUGAUCAAAUACAACACGAGCCUGGUGCUUGACGAAGCAGACACACAGCUGAAACGUGACCACCCCGGUGCCGUGGUCCUUAGUACUGAUGACUUCUUUGUUGAAAAUGGUGUCUACGUCUUUGAGCCUGACUUCCUAGAGGAUGCACACAAGUGGAACCAGAAAAGAGCACGCAAAGCAAUGAAGAAUGGGAAAAGCCCUGUUAUUAUUGAUAAUACCAACAUCCAUGCCUGGGAAAUGAAGCCGUAUGUGAUGAUGGCACAUGAAAAUAGAUACGAAGUAACAUUCCAAGAACCGGAUACACCCUGGAAGUUCAAUGUUCAAGAACUGACAAGAAGAAAUAUUCAUCAUGUCCCUCGGGAAAAGAUACAACGGAUGAAAGAACAAUACGAGCACAAUGUUACUUUCCACAGUGUUCUCCAGUCUGAAAAACCAAGCAGGGAUGAGGGAAGCUACAGUGGAGCAAGUGCAGCUUAUGGCACGGGUCCCCACCCCACCCACCCUUCUGCCUUCCGGAGGAGAAGACCUGGCAUGGCACGUACAAAUGUGACAUUUAACUGAAGGAACAUUUAACUGCAUUCCCUGCUGUUUUAAUUAUCAGGGUACAAGAGUCUCUAGUUUUACAUUUUUUUCUAACCUGUUUUUUAUUCUUGUGUUUUUUAUUUCUUAUGAAUUUUUAAAUGGCUUUGGACUGUGAUCUCACAGCUCUACAUGACCACAGUAAGAGCACUGCACCCACUGUACUCCUUCUCAUCCCUCUUCCUCCGUGAAAAUCCCUCCAGGCAUGUGAAAUGUACUGGCUCUACCACAUGCUAUAUUUUGGAUGUUUUUUUCUGCCUCACAGUCUGAUGCUAGAAAUUCCUAAUUUAUUUCUGUCUUAAUGCCAUUGUGGCCAAUUCUUUCCCCACACAACUGGCAUUUCUCGCCAUUUUAAUGCUUUAUAUCUGACUGUAUAAACUUUUUGUAUCUACCGUCUUGCCUUCAGCAUUAUUGUAACUUUCAGAUACAAAGUGAAUGAUGACCAAAGUAGCUCAACAGAUUGUAGCAAGAUUUGAUGCUGUUCCCUCUCCCCGGACUGGAUUCAUGCUGGUCUUACCUCACACACAAACCUUCCUCCAGCCGGAAAGCAAAACACUUCAAUAGAGCAAACUUAGCUCUUCCUCUUGCUGAGACACAGGAGUUCACUGGUCUCAAGAUGGAGAGGCUCCUAAACUGAAACAUUUGUGUUAGGCUUGUGCAUGUUAACUCCUAAGUGGGAACAGGGCUACAGGAGCAGCUCUGAACAGCUGAAGCAGAAACACAGACCAAGGAGCUAUUUACUAAUAACUCUGCAUGGCAUUUUGCUGUGAAUCAAAUAAUCACAGCUGUUCUUUAAACCUCUUUUAGUGCUAGAUGGAAAGUCUGAGGAGGAAAGCACGAGAACUGUGCCAGAACAGCAGAGCAGCAUUUCAGAAUUAAAGUGUUCUGUUUGGUGAAAGUAAGAGCUCUUUAUUAUGCCCUGUGCCACUCUGGGCAGCCAAACAACUAUUCUAAUGUUGCAGAGGGUAACAAAACUGAUGGCUUUAGACUAAAACAAAGAUCCUGCUGUAAUAUAAGAACACAGAAUCAACGGCUUACAAAAUGUCAUCAAACCUUCAGGCACACUGAUGCUAUUGUACAAUACAUCUCUGUGAGAAGUGUUUGCAUACUAAACUUCAAACUAUUCUGCAAAUGAAGUGUUACUUAAUGAGUCUGCUUGUGUAAUAGAACUUUAUUAAAUACAAUCAAGCUUUAA